GAAAUGACACGGCUGUUGCCUCAGGAGCAGCUACAAGCCCUGGGGGAACCUGGGGAGGAGCAGAACUGCAGAGAAGGGGGGAGCAGAUCACUGUGGGAUGGCCACGGGCGGCCAGGAGACCCCACAAAGCAGCAUGAACCUCUUCCUGGGCACUGUCCUGCUGCUCCUGAUGCUGCCCGACACUGCUGGGGAACAGGAGAGCUGCGCCGACCUGAAGCGGGGUGACAGCUACCACCAGUGCUGCAACACGGUGGAGUUGGAGGAGCGAGGUGACGGGACCUCCAGCUCUGACUUGCCCCGGCACUGCCCGGAGCUGGCGCGCUCCAGCAGCCCCGCUUGUGCCUGCCUGCGGGAGCACUGGCUCAGGAUGCUGCAGUCGGGGGGGCCGGAGGUGAGCAGCAGGCUGCCUGGGCUGAAGGUGCUGCUCCUGAAUGUCAGCAGGGCUGUGACCCAUGAUGUCCUCAUCACUUUUUCCCCCACAGAGGGCCCUAGGACGCUGAGCAUGAUGGAGAAGGAGAAGGCAGGCAAAAUCCAGCUCCCUAGGGAGAUAUUCCAGUCCUUGAGCAGCCAGACCACGCGUGUGGUGGUGGUAGUCCUCAACAUCCAGCAGCUUGGCAUGUUCGAGGAGGUCAACCAGACAGGCCAGGUCCUGGACGACACCGUGGUGGGCAUCACGGUGGGAGAGAUGAGCAUCUCGGGGCUGCGGGACCCCGUGCAGCUCACCUUCGCCCAUGGGCAGUUGCCCCACGGUGUCACCCCGCAGUGCGUCUUCUGGGAUUCCAGCAAAGGGCAGGCAGGAGGCUGGAGCAGCAGCGGAUGUGUCACGCAGCCCAGGGACAAGGGGACAGUCUGCUCCUGCGACCACCUCACCUUCUUCACCCUCCUCCUGAACCCAGUUCUGGACAGGUCCACAGCAGAGGCCUUGAUGACUGUUGCCACUGCUGGCUGUGGGGUAGCCAUGGCUUUCUCCAUCUUCACCAUCGCCUUCUGCAUCUUCUUAAGGUGCAGGUUCAGGUCCGAGGAGACUCUUCGCAUCAACCUGGGACUGCAUGUGAACCUCGUGGGCAGCCUGCUCCUCCUCAACCUGGCCUUCCUGCUCAACAGCGGGCUCUCUGGUGGGACCCAGGCGGGGACCUGCAAGGUCCUGGGGGGGCUCACCCACUACUGCCUGCUCUGCUGCUUCACCUGGACGGCACUGGAGGGCUGUCAGCUCUACCUCCUCUUCGUCAAGGUCCUCGGCACCUACAUCCACCACUACCUGGCAAAGCUGUGCCUAGUCGGUUGGGGCUUCCCCGUUCUCAUCGUGGGGGUGGCAGGAGUCAUCGGCAGCUACGGCGAGUACAGCGUCCAGACUGCAGACCACCAGGUCAUAGCCCACCUGUGCUGGAUCACUUCCAAACAUCUCCUGGUCCACUACAUCACCAACUGUGGCUACUUUGGCCUCAUCUUCCUCUUCAACAUGGCUGUCUUCGGGGUGGUGACCCAGAAGAGCUGCUGCUUGCAGGGCACUGGGGUGGUGCAGGGAGACCGCAAGGCCUGGAAGGUGGCCCUGGUGGCAAUGGGGCUCUUUUGCCUGCUGGGAGCCACCUGGGCCCUGGCAUUCCUUACCCACGGCACCUCCUCUGUGCCCAUGAUCUACCUCUUUACCAUCCUCAACUCUCUCCAAGGAAUCUUCAUAUUCAUCUGGCUGGCCAGUCUCUACUACCCGAAGAUGAAGGAGAUCACUGGCUCCCUCUCCCACAUCAUCAGACAUGACAAGACCACCACAGUCUCCCAGGACUAGCUGCCGGCCAGCCCUCCCUGCCUGCCCGCGUGUGCGCCUGCCGAGAGCGAGCUCCGAUCCCGAGGGAUGCAGCUUCCCCACAGAGGACGAGGGCUCAGUUACUGUGCCUCAGUUUACCCUUCAGUGGGCACAAUCCACCUUAGCAGGGCUCUUUGCUUCAGCCCUUUCAUUCCUAGUGGCCUGCCUCAGGCUAGGAGCUCUGGAGAUGUCCCUUUGGCCAAAGUCCCUCCAGGCUGCAGCUCCCCCAUGGUCUCGAAGUGCCCCUGACUUCAUUGCCCAGGGGGUCUUGUGGGGGUGAGGAGGGAGCCCACGAAUGACCUGCCUUCAGCCGGGAUGGAGCCUCCCUUUGCCAGAGCUGGCCUUUGGUGCUGGACCAGCCUGGUGGGGUUUUUCCUGCUGCUGGAGGUGGGAGGAUUGACUUGCUCCAGCCCAGACUCAGGAGCUUCAGGUCUGGGAAUUAGCAAAAAAAAAGAGAAAUCCCAUGAGGUUCCUUGCAAUACACCCCCUCCAAGCGGUUUAGGCAGGGACCUGCUGGAUGUCCCUCCUGCAAAACACCCUCUGGAGCCAGCAAUGAUUUCUGUGAGGACACCGUGCUUCAGCUGAAUGUACACACACAGCCACCUCGCAGGGAAAACAACUGUCUUCCUCUUAUCUGCAUUUUACUAUUAAAUCCUUGCCAG